CGCCGCUACUUUGAUCUGUUCACAAAAAAACCCAGCAAACAAAUUCGUUUACCUUUUACACUAUUAUGCGACUCUCACUUGGGUUCGUAUUUGCUUUAUUGGCAUGUCUCCAAGUAUUUGGUCUCUAUUUGUUCCUUAAGGGUUUCCUGCUCACCCGUCAAAUGUUUGACUUGAAGGGCCAAACAUAUCCUUCUUGGGAUCGCUUUCCUCUGAGUCAGUCUUCACAAGUGCACUCGUCAUUUAAACCACCUACCAGCAUACCGGCUAGUUUGCCCUUUAAGCGUGCCAUCGUCAUUGUGAUUGAUGCAUUACGAUUUGACUUUGUGAUUCCCAGUAAUAACUCGCAUGAUCCUUAUUUCAUCAACCAAUUUCCAGUUCUCCAUGACCUUUAUACGUCCAAGUCAGCACUUUUGUACCAGUUUCGUGCAGACCCGCCUACCACCACAAUGCAACGCGUUAAGGGACUUAUGACAGGCUCAUUGCCUACAUUUAUUGAUGCAGGAUCGAAUUUCGCCUCAUCAGCAGUAGGAGAAGACCAUCUCUUGUACCAUAUAAAGCAGAACUAUCCCAACAUCUACUUUAUGGGUGACGAUACUUGGGUCAACUUGUUUCCAGAAGUAUUCAAUCAAGCCAAUCAAACCUAUGACAGUGAUAGCUUCAAAAUGCUUGAUUUAGACUCGGUUGACAAUGAUAUCCUGUCCCAUUUAUGGCCUACUGUCAAAAGAGACGAUUGGCAAUUACUCCUGGCUCAUUUCUUGGGCGUAGAUCAUUGUGGUCAUACCUAUGGUCCUUCUGAUCCCAACAUGCAGCGUAAAUUGAACCAAAUGAAUAGCGUGAUUGAAGAAUUACUGCCUUUUGUUGAUAAAGACACAUUGCUCGUUAUUAUGGGUGAUCAUGGCAUGUCUGUUGAAGGAGAUCAUGGUGGCGAAAGUGUUGAAGAAUUGAUGAGUACCUUGUUUUUGUAUUCUGGUCGCCCCUCAUUCAAAGACGAGUACAUGCAACAAUUUUCCCGUCGUAUUCACCAAUCGCGAGCAGAGAAACUUGACUAUGAUAUAGACAGUAUUUCAAAACGACUUUUGUAUAAUGCAAAAGAAUAUCCUAUCGUAGCUCAAAUUCAUCUUGUGCCUACUUUAGCCUAUUUGCUUCAAAUUCCUAUUCCCUUUGGUAAUCUUGGUGCAAUUCUACCUGAUGUAUUGCAUCCUUUACAUCAAGGCAAGAACCGACUUUAUCAUCUUUUACAUAUGGUUGAACAAUUCAGAACAAAUGCACUACAAGUGUAUGACUAUCUUGAUCAAUAUGCUCAACAAACAAGCCAACUAGACUUUUCUUUCUCAAAACUAAACCCUCUAAAGCAACAUUUAUAUAGAGCAGAGUCUAUCAUGUUAUCCCUCUUACAAGAGCCUAGUUUCUUGACUGAUUUAGAAUCAGACUCACCUUCUUCCUUAGAUGCUUUUACUCUGCAGUUGGAAAAAGCCAUUUUUGCGUAUGAUACAUUUCUCAUUAGUACUAUCAAAUAUUGCCAGAGUAUUUGGGCUCAAUUUGAUACUGGAUGCAUGUUGCUUGGUGUGAUAAUUUUGGGUCUUGGUACACUGACUUCCUUCUGCCUAUUGAAUCAACCUACUGUUUCUUCAACAUCCAUCUUGAAGGUCGCUUUACCUGUAUUAUCUGUUGGUUUGCUCAUGGUCUAUGCUCGCUAUUCUGUGUUAGAUGAUCUUGUGAUGAGCAAAGGCUGGUUUGAAAAGAUGGACUUUGUCGAUUGGAUAGGUGCCAGUGUUGCCAUUGCUAUCUGUAGUUCUCUCUUGGUGAUCAAACCCCAAGCAACUACAAGCCAAUUCUGGAAUAAGCUAGAUUGGCCUCUGUUAAUCUUAGCUAGUAUUGUGCAGUCAUUUACAUUAGGCUCAAAUAGCCUUGUAAUUUGGGAAGAUCGUGGUACUUUAUUUGUAUUGGGUGUACUCUGCAUCUUUUGGAUGGUUCGUAAUUUGACUUCAAUCCCUCAAUUCAGUUUUGUACAAGUCAUAUUAGCUAUAAUUUUUCCUAUGGGCUUGUUGACAUUGGCACGUAUAGCUAGUUUUACGGGUCAAUGCCGUGAAGAGCAAUUUCCUCAUUGCAACUACUUUCACAAUGGCCUUCUCAUAUUCGAACAUAGCAAUGAAGGCUACAUGUCCAUUGCACUCUUGGUUGUGACUUUUACUCUUCUCGUCUAUUUUGGUGCUCAUCUGGGCCGCAUCACCAACAUGGUUGUCGGUGGUGUAUAUCAAAUCUCGAGCAUCAUUGUGUUUUAUCGCACUGUGUACGAAAUUUUCUCCAAGACAUUAGACACAGGAGUAGAAGAAAAGACAGAGCUUGCUCUUAUGAUUCAAAAAUACGUUGAAAUCUAUCUUCCUCGAGGUGUUUAUGGCUUGUUCUUCUUUGGUGUGCUCCUUGCUUUUAUCCAGCUUUAUUAUUAUAGUCCAGGACAAGAAAAGCGUGCAAGUCGUAUGUGUUGGACAUUGUUUAUUUUAGCCACACCUGUGCUUGCCCUGCUUCAACGUCCUCUUGGUUCUGCUAUCAUUCUAGGCUCACCUUUCUUGAUUGAAUUGCUUUGUCAAGGCGCUCCUUCUAGUCUUCUGAUUCGUUUGACGAUCCUUCAUUUCUUGGGUCACCACUUGUUCUUUACGACAGGACAUCAAGCUACAUUUACUUCGCUACCUUGGAAAGCGGCUUUUAUUGGGUUCCAAGACAUGCAUUAUUAUACUGGCAUGGUUCUUGUCACACUCUCUACAGUUGCUGGCUAUAUAUUAACAUGGUUAGGAUGGUCUGUCAUUUUGCUAGAGACUAUGGAAGAACACAAGGCACAAGUCAGCAAGGAAUGUUUACAUCUCUUGACUUUGUUGCAUUUGAUUCCUACUUUUCUGUGUGCUGUUUUUGUAUUUGUACUUAGACGUCAUUUGAUGACUUGGAAGAUCUUUGCACCACGCUUCUUAUUUCAAGUCUUGUUACAGGUUGGAGCUCAUGUUGCUGCUAUCAUUUCAGAAAGAUUUUUGUAAAUAUACAUAAU